CGACUGUGAUUGGUCAGCGUAGGUGGAAGUGCUACAAACGGUGUCAUUCACAAAGUAACAAGAAUACAUUUACAAUAGUGAUAAAGAAUGCACUUAACUUUGAAAUAUUAUUGAGAUCCUUUUCCUUGGCAUUUUUUCCCCUCACACGGACUUUUUGAAGUUUACGUGAAACACAUCCGGGGGUCGUAUUUUCCCUUUCUUCACUGAUUUAUCUGGACUCACGCUUGAGAUUUUUUUAAAGUUACAUGGUUUCAAAAAUGUCCUCUAAAAUGGCGGGCUCAAACAACCUGACACAUGCUAGAAGGAUGGUCCAGCAACUGAAAGUCGAGGCCAGUAUUGAGAGGAUAAAGGUAUCCAAGGCCUCUGCUGAUCUCAUGCGUUACUGUGGAGAAAACGCCAAAUACGACCCCCUGCUCAUGGGCAUCCCUGCCUCAGAAAACCCCUUCAAGGACAGAAAGCCCUGCACUAUAUUGUAGUGUACGCUCGUCUUAUUUAAUUACUCCUACUCAACUUUGCCUUAAGUCCAGCUCUAGCUCCUUAGUAUAACUUUGUGCCAUGUCUUAACUAGAUUUAGCUCUUACAGUAUUUAUUACUGUAAAUAAACUCCAAUCACUACUAAUUAGUUGCCAUUUUGGUUGCCUGUUUGGGCCAAACUGAAGUCAUUCCAGGAAAUAACACCAUCUAAACUGCUUGAAUUAUGUGAUUUAAUUUCCUCUUUCCACCGAAUGGUGCCUUUAGUUACACUUUUUAAAGAUAUCGUCAUUACAUUAUUAUAUAAAGAGCUUGCAGAUACACUAACUGAUGAAUGUCAUAAGUAGACGUGGGUUAAAUAUUCCUCUUAUAGCUUCUAUGAAUAAUGUCAUAGCAAAGGGACUGACUAAAAUAAGUGGAAUUUAAAGAUCCAUUUUUCGUACUGGAUAAUGUGUCUGAUGUGGCUUCUGCAAUCACCAAUGGUCAAGUGCAUAGUAAGUAAUGUAGUAAGUGAUAUCACAUCACACAAAUACUUACAUUAUACCACUAUAAUGUGCAAAGCCAUUAGAGAAAAGAUAUAAGAGUGGUUUAUGAGAAACAAGAGCACCUUCAAACAUGUGCCUUACAUUUUUCAAAGCAAUCCUUACUUAUUGAUGUGUACGACUGAAAAGAUGAGACUUUUUUUCUGUUGACCCCGAGUCUAUUCUGUUGCUUUAGAUUUAAAGUGCCUUUUCCUUCUGUUUUAAACGUUUCUUUCCUCUGUCAAGCCACAAUUUUGAAACAAAAGACCACUAUUGUUUGAUCUUGUCUAUGAAUCAAAUGGGUUUUUUUCCAAACAGGGAAGCCAUGAAACAUUACUUUAACAUUCACACUUUGAAUUGGCUGAGCAACCAUGUAUCGAUGCGGCAAUGUCUGUGUUAUUUUAGAGACAUCAGAAGUUAUGCAGUAUUUGAGAUUU